AUGGCGGGCAAAGGAACCAUCAUCGUCACCGGCGCCAACGGCGGUCUGGGAAGUGCAAUAGCAGAGCAUAUAGCUUCCAGGCCCGAGUUGCUAGGCCAUCACGGUAUAUACAUCGUGCGAGACGCGUCCGCAGCGCCGGCGCUCGCCGCGGCCCUUUCGCGAGGCUCACCGUCGCACAAGCAAGAGGUGGCCUCUCUGGACUUGACCAACCUCGCCAACGUUCGCCAAGUCGCACAGCACAUCAAUAGCCGCGUGUCUGCCGGCCAGAUCCCGCCCAUCCGCGCCCUCAUCCUCAACGCUGGCCUGCUCGACUUUGGCAAGCAGACGUGGACGAGUGACGGGUUCGACGUCACCUUUGCAGCCAACUACCUCGGACACUGGCUGCUCACGCUCCUGCUUCUCCAGAGCAUGGACAAGGAAGCCGGCACUAUUAUUGUUAUUGGAAGCCAGAUGCACGACCCUAGUGAUAAGCGCAACGACCGCAGCAAGGCGUUUGAAGGCAAGUACAAGCAGAUCAUUGGCAGCGACGAGGCCAGCGUCGAGGCCGUGGCAAAGGGCACCUGGGGCUCGGCCAAGGAAGACCCUUCGUUCCGCAGCGGGCUCCGGCGCUACGGCGCGUCCAAGCUGUGCCUGCUCAUGAUGAUGUUUGAGCUGCAGCGGCGCGCCGACGCCGACGCCCGCCUCGGGAACCUGCGCGUCGUCGGCGUCGACCCGGGCACCAUGGUGACGAGCAUCACGCGCCUCGCGCCGUGGGCCAUGCGCGUGAUCCUCUUUGGCGCCGUGUUGCCCGCCGUCGCGCUGCUGUUCCCCCGCGGGCCCGUACGGACGCCGCAGCGCUCCGGGGCCGAUGUCCUGCACGUCGCGGGCCUCUUGGGCGGAGCGAACGCAGACGCCCGGCCCGGCGCGAAGGCGGUCUACUACAACGGCAGGGAGCCGAUGGAGACGAACCCCGAGGCGAGGGACGCCCAGAAGCGCGCGUUGGUCUGGGCGGAAUCGGUAAAGUAUACCCGGCUGGUGGGGGGCGAGACCAUUCUCGGCGAUUGGCAAUGA